AUGGAGGUGGCGUGUGAAAUUGAGAUGAUCAAAGAUCCGGAAACUCGAAAAUCCAACGUGACCUAUGUGGCUCGACACAUUGAAGAUGCGCUGACCGCCCAGCGCGAGUAUCGUUCCGGUUGCGCUGUUCGAUGUAGACACUGUUUGGCCAAAAGUUGUUGCUUGUGGUUUGGCAAACGCUACGGGAAUUAUCUCAUCUGUCUUUAUCUGAUAACCAAAUCUCUAUACAUUCUCAAUGUGGUCGGUCAGUUCUUUUUCAUGAAUCGAAUCCUUGGAACCAAUUACACAUUCUACGGACUGGACCUAUUACGAGAUUUGGCCGAGGGCUAUAUGUGGCAAGAGUCGGGAAACUUUCCCCGUAUUACCCUAUGUGACUUCGAAGUCCGCAAGCUGGCCAACACACAUCGUCACACGGUUCAAUGUGUCCUGCCAAUCAAUAUGUUUAAUGAGAAGAUUUUUAUUUUUCUAUGGUUCUGGUUCAUCCUGGUGGCUGCAGUCAACACUAGUAGUUUUCUUUAUUGGUCCUAUAAAUCGAGCUUUCACGGAAACCGUGUGCACUUUGUCCGUAAAUUUCUAAAACUUCGUGACGCACUCGAGCCUGGAGAUAAAAAGCGCACAUUUGCAUUUGUAGACUCUUAUCUACGACAAGAUGGAGUGUUCAUUCUUCGGUUAGUCGCCCAGAAUGCUGGCGAAUUGGUCGCCUCAGAAAUUGUUGAACGAUUAUGGUCCAUGUACAAGUCCCAUCAGUCUGUGAGUACUACGCGUCUUGGCGGCCCUAGCCCAGUAACGGUAGAACUGGGUAAAGCCGGUCCGAUCAGUACGCCCCCAUCAUUUUUACCUCAUCCGCAUCGAUCCAAUCACCAUCACCAUCAUCACCACCAUAGACACCCGCUCAGCCCCACACCCAGUGUGGGCCAACGGAGCAGUCGAUCUUCCGAACCAAACGAUGACGGGGGCAAAACACAACCACCCCCAGUCUAUUCCGCCCGUCAACCAAUGCUAACUCCGGCUGGUCAUAUUGGAUUUAGUCCACCACCAUUACCGCCUUCUGCUCGAGCCUCAGCACCACCACCGUUGCCUCCACCACCGGCAAGUAGUAACAACGGGAGUACGGGAGAACGACGUAGUACGUCGUCAAACAGUCGUAGUCAGUCGUCCAGUGUGGCUGACAGUGAAAACCCAUCUGUUCGACUCAGACCACUACCCGGCAAACAGGGCCAGACUCCGCCGACAACGCGACCCACGUCGAGUAAACCAUUGGAAGAGUCAAAAACCGUUUCUUCUUCCACGCCUGGUGCCUUCCGUUUGUCGACCAGUUCCGGUGGAGCAAUCAAUUCCUCGUUUGCCCCUGUGAAACAAGACACCACACGAACAAGUGGUCAACUGGAAGAAGAUCCGGGCGAGUUUGUCUGA